CAAAGGAGGGGAGGGAGGGAUGUGUGAAUCCAACGAGGAAGAUCCUCCGUAAAGCGAAAGCAAAACCAAACAAACAGCCUAGAGAGCCUCCUAGAGCUAAGGCGCGGCGUGCCUCCGCUCCGACCGGCCGGAGACUCCUGCCGCCGCCAGCCGCCACCCCGCCCUCUCGAUCCGCGCACGGCAAAUCCAGCCGGACCCGCAUUGGGGUUGGGGCUCCUUCGAUCCGGCUGUGGUGGGGUUUGGCAAAGAGCUCGAGGAGUCGAGGUCGAGGGGACGGGGGGACCCUGAUCCUUCUUUCCGUUCGGAUUUCGCUUUCCCCCGUGGGGUCUUCUCGGUUGCUGGUGCAGUUGUCCUGACCCGGAGGGAGGGGACGAGGGCAUGGAUUUGGCGUCGGUCAACGAGGAGCUGGCCGAGAUCGACGGCCAGAUCGGCGACAUCCUCCGCGCAUUGCAAAAUGGGUUCCAGAAGCUGGAGAAGAUCAAGGAUGCCAACCGCCGCAGCAGGCAGCUUGAAGAGCUUACUGAUAAGAUGCGAGACUGCAAGAGGCUCAUCAAAGACUUCGAGCGAGUUAGCAAAGAUGAGGCUGGGCAUACCGAUCCAGCAACAGCAAAAAUGUUGCAUGACAGAAAGCAGUCGAUGAUCAAAGAAUUAAACUCCUACGUUGCUCUUAAGAAACAACAGGCAAGUGAAAAUAAGAGAAUCGAUCUUUUUGAUGGGCCAAGUGUUGAAGAUGGCUUUGGUGAAGAAAAUGUCCAGUUAGCAUCAAACAUGACAAACCAGCAGUUAAUGGAUCAAGGCAAUCAACUAAUGGAUGAAACUGAUCAAGCUAUUGCACGAUCUAAACAGACUGUCCAUGAAACCAUCAAUGUGGGCACAGAAACUGCAGCUGCUCUGAAAGCACAGACAGAACAAAUGAGCAGAGUUGUUAAUGAGCUGGAUUCCAUUCAUUUCUCCAUCAAAAAGGCAUCUCAAUUGGUGAAAGAAAUCGGUAGACAGGUUGCAACUGAUCGAUGCAUCAUGGCCAUGCUUUUUCUCAUUGUUGCUGGAGUCAUAGCUAUAAUAAUUGUUAAGAUUGUGAACCCACACAACAAGGACAUCCGCGACAUCCCUGGGCUGGCACCACCCGUCAGCAGGCGGCUGUUGCGAUAGAGGACAUGUGAAUUCCAUACUUCGUGUAACUAGAAAUUGAUGUGGCGCCUUGGCAGGCCCAGAUGUAUCUACAUCUUGUAAAACGCUGCUCCAAUCAUGUGGCAUGUUUGUUGUAACUCUUAUCUCAAGGGAUCCACUCCUUGGCUACACAGUACAUGUAUCUUCUUCCAGCUGGUCUUCCUGUUUUGCAAAACCCAGCUCUGAACCGUGUUCAGUUUGAACCAUGAGGUGUACACAAGCUAUCGAUGAUCACGGAGUGAGAAUAGUAACCACAACAUAUACAUACAUCAUACAAUACAUACUUGAACCGCAACUUUUGAAUGCA